CCGGGAUGGAGGGAGGAGCCUGGCUUGGGCAGGGCGCGAGGCCGGCAGGUCUCUGGGUGUGGGUCGGAGCGGUGAGGCGACGAAAGCGACACCCAGAGCCCGAGAGAGGGGCGUCGGGAGGCCGGAGCUCCUUAUGGAAACCAGGGGAGUAGGAAAAUAACGGGACAGUAGGGGACCAGGGCUGCUAGAGGUCCCCAGACGAGGGGCCAUGCAUCCUAUAACCAGGGAGGUGAAGAGGACCAGAGAUGCCAGCUGCAUCUAGAGAGGAGGGACCAAGGUUAUGUGGUAGCUGUGUGGGAACGAGAAACCAGAAGGUCUAUGACUGCGAGUUGGAAGAUGCUCCGAGGCGGUGGCGGCGACGGAGAGAGAAAUGAAGAUGUCAGGAUACUUUGUGGGUGGAGACGGUGGUGAAUGAAAUGUAACAAGAUGGGGGCGCAUAUUGGAGGCAGGCAGUUGAGAUUGAAGUGCAGACGAUGGCUUUCCUCGCGUGGAAAGAGAAUGCUGCCGCUCCAGAUGCUGCUGCUGCCGCCGCGGCCACCCCACCCUCGGUCCUCCUCUCCGGAGGUCAUGGACCCACCGCCCCCCAAGACUCCCCCUUUUCCCAAGGCGGAAGGCCCCUCCUCCACUUCUUCCUCGGUGGCGGGGCCGCGGCCACCGCGGCUGGGCCGCCAUCUGCUCAUCGACGCCAACGGGGUCCCCUACACGUACACAGUGCAGCUGGAGGAGGAACCUCGGGGCCCGCCGCAGCGCGAGGCGACCCCGGGAGAGCCAGGUCCUCGCAAGGGCUAUAGCUGCCCAGAGUGCGCCCGUGUCUUUGCCAGCCCUCUGCGGCUGCAGAGCCACCGUGUGUCGCACUCGGACCUCAAGCCCUUUACUUGUGGUGCUUGUGGCAAAGCUUUCAAGCGCUCCAGCCACCUGUCGCGGCACCGCGCCACCCACCGUGCGCGCGCUGGUCCACCUCACACCUGCCCGCUCUGUCCACGCCGCUUCCAGGACGCCGCGGAGCUGGCGCAGCACGUGCGCCUGCACUGAGCUCCGCCCUGCCCUCUCCGAUCACCACGUCUGUCCCACACAGCGUCACUCCCACACAUACCCCAGUUCUGCUGAGGUUACUGCCUUACCCUAGGCCUCAGUUUCCCCACCCAUUCCCAAAGAGAAACAUCAUUUCGUCUUUUCUCCCGUCUAGCUGUGUGAUGUAGACCAAAGUUGUUGCUCCUCUGGGCCUGGGUGUCAGUUGGAACUGGGCUUCAGUCCGGCUGUGCUGUGUAAGCCUUUGCAAAUGCUACGACCUCUCCUGAGUCUUGGUCUUCUACUCUUGCCAAGUAGUAAGGUCUUCGUGGAAGACAUGACAAAAGCACUGGCACGGUCUGGAUCACUUGUGUACUUCCUUCUAAUGCCCACGAUCCCUCAUUCUUUGCCCAAUAAACAUUCCGCACUUCA